UACUCUGCAGUCUGCACUCCCUGAACCCCUCCGCUUAAAUAUAAACCAAUCUCUCCCUCCAAUCUCCAUCGCCAUUUCUCCCUCUUCACAAUGGGAUCCUCUCUCCUCUUCCUCUUCAUUUCCUUCUUUGCCAUUGUCGGAGCUGAGGAUCCUUACCGCUUCUUCGACUGGAAUGUCACUUACGGCACUAUUUACCCCCUCGGCCUCCCCCAGCAGGGCAUUUUGAUUAAUGGCCAAUUUCCUGGCCCCGAUAUUCACUCUGUUACCAACGAUAAUAUCAUUAUCAAUGUCUUCAAUAGCUUGGAUGAGCCUUUUCUCCUCUCCUGGAAUGGGAUUCAACAGAGAAGGAACUCGUAUGAAGACGGUGUGUACGGAACAACUUGCCCCAUUCCUCCAGGGAAGAACUUCACUUACAUUCUUCAAAUGAAAGAUCAGAUCGGAAGUUUCUAUUACUUCCCUUCUCUUGGCUUCCAUAAGGCCGCCGGUGGUUUUGGUGGGAUCAGAAUUCUUAGCCGUCCUCGGAUUCCUGUUCCGUUCCCGGAUCCUGCCGGCGAUUAUACAGUCCUCAUCGGUGACUGGUACCAAGCUAAUCAUACGACGUUGAGGGCCCAAUUAGACAAUGGCUCAAUGCUUCCUCUCCCCGAUGGAAUCCUCAUCAAUGGUCGUGGACCCAAUAGAACUGCCUCAAUCAACGUGGAACAAGGAAAAACUUACAGGCUGAGGAUUUCAAACGUGGGACUUCAAAGUUCUCUAAACUUCCGAAUUCAAGGCCACAGAAUGAAGGUGGUGGAAGUUGAAGGCACCCAUACCCUCCAAACGGAAUUCUCUUCCCUUGACGUUCACGUAGGCCAAUCUUAUUCCGUUCUUGUCACUGCGGAUCAGCCCGCUCAGGACUUCUACAUUGUGGUUUCUUCUCGCUUUACUACUCCCAUCCUCACCACCACCGCUAUUCUCCGUUAUGCCAACUCCGCCGGCUCCGUCCAAGGGCCGCCUCCUGGUGGCCCAACUAUCCAAAUCGAUUGGUCCCUCAACCAAGCUCGAGCCAUCAGAACCAAUCUUACAGCCAGUGGGCCACGGCCGAACCCACAAGGGUCGUAUCACUAUGGUAUGAUAAACACGACCAGAACCAUUGUACUGUCGAACUCAGCCGGAAUUGUGAACGGGAAGCAAAGAUACGCCGUGAAUAGCGUGUCAUUUAUUCCAGCAGACACUCCGCUGAAGGUGGCAGACUUUUUCAAAAUAGGAGGAGUUUUCCGGGUGGGAAGCAUUUCCGACUGGCCAAACGGUGGAGGAAUCUAUCAAGACACCUCUGUUAUGGGCGCCGAUUACAGAGCUUUUGUCGAAAUCGUUUUUCAGAACAACGAAGACCUCAUUCAGAGCUGGCAUUUUGAUGGCUACUCCUUCUUCGUUGUUGGUAUGGAUGGAGGGCAAUGGACAUCGAAUAGCAGAAACCAAUACAAUCUACGAGACGCAAUUGCACGCUGUACUGUUCAGGUGUAUCCAAAGUCAUGGAGUGCAAUAUAUGUGGCGCUAGACAACGUUGGAAUGUGGAAUAUAAGGUCAGAAUUUUGGGCAAGGCAAUACUUAGGACAACAAUUUUACUUGAGAGUUUACACUCCAUCAACGUCAUUAAGAGAUGAGUACCCAAUUCCAAAGAAUGCUCUUCUUUGUGGAAGAGCCACUGGCAGAAGAACCAGGCCACUCUAAUUUCCCCAUUUAUCACCAUAUCAUUUACAUAAUCUUCUUCUUCCACCUCGGAAAGAAAAAAAAAAAAAAAAACCAUUGAUCAUUAUUGCUUCUCAAAAUUAAAAUGUCCUUAGCUCGAGGUCAUUUAUUUAUAAUUUUUUUCUUUAAUUUCUAUUCAUAGCAUUUCAUUGAAUUGAAUGUCCUUUCUUGAUCUU